AUGAAACCCGGGUUUCACUGCCAGGAUAAUCUGGAGAAGAAGGCCUGGGCACAGCUGCUGUCUCAACCCCAUGAGGGUCUCACGUCUCCAGGCUUGAGCCACCGUCCAGCCUCCAACAUAGCUCUCUAUAAAACUGCCAGAAUGGCGGAGGAUUUAUCCUUUUUGGGCCUCAUACAGUUUUAUGUUUCCUCUCUUCCCUCUGCCUUCGUGAAGGGAAGGAGGAUGAGGGCAGAGCAGCCUUUGGCAAAAUUAAUAAAGUUUUCUUCCUUAUUCUGUUUAUUUCUCCUUCAGGUCCAAGGUUUGGAGAAGCAAGUGGACUUCUCAGACCUGCGCCCAGUGGGGUCAGUGAUGAAGGCUCUUCCAUAUGGCAUAGGUGGAGGCACGGUAGGGGGAGCAACAGGAGGAGUGGUUAAGCCCCCAUACCAAACCCACAUCCUCUCCACUUCCAUCGACCAGACGCCCAUGAAAUCUAAGCCACCGACCUACAAUUUCUAUAACCCGUACGACUCGGCCCGGAACCAGUCCCUGCUCCUGGACCAGACAGGCUACCGCUCCAAGCGCAAGCCCUCACUAAAGACAGCCAUGAAGACCAAGAAGAUCUUCGGCUGGGGAGACUUCUUCUUCAAUGUCAAGACCGUAAAAUUUAGUUUGUUGGUGACGGGAAAGAUUGUGGACCACAUCAAUGGGACGUUCACUGUUUACUUUCGCCACAACUCGACCAGCUUGGGGAACGUGUCGGUCAGCAUCGUGCCGCCAACUAAAGUGGUAGAGUUUGAGGUCCUCCAGCAGCAGCAGCUGCACCCUCACACCCAGCAGGCUGUCCAGAUCCAGGAGACCCAUCAGUCCACCAUCGACCCCAAAGAGGUAAAGACCUUUAACUGUCGGGUGGAGUACGAGAAAACCAAUAGAUCCAAGAAGCCCAAACCUUGCCUGUAUGAUCCGUCUCAGACCUGCUUCACAGAGCACACCCAGUCCCACGCUGCCUGGCUCUGUGCCAAACCCUUCAAGGUGAUCUGCAUCUUCAUCUCUUUCUUUAGCAUUGAUUACAAGCUGGUUCAAAAAGUGUGUCCGGACUACAACUUCCAAAGUGAGCACCCUUACUUCGGAUAA